CAUAUUGGUCUAUGACCCCCAUCACCACUAUUAACCUCCAGAGUGAUUAGCCUACCCCUCCCCAUGGAAGGAGCUGAGUAUAUUCAGUAGUAGGAGCACAUCCAGAAGCCUUUGAGGAGGGGGAUGGCUCUUCAUAUUCAUGAAGCUUGCAUACUUCUCUUGGUCAUCCCUGGAUUGGUCACCUCUGCUGCCAUCAGUCAUGAAGACUAUCCUGCUGAUGAAGGGGACCAGACCUCCAGUAAUGACAAUCUGAUCUUUGAUGACUAUCGAGGGAAAGGGUGUGUGGAUGACAGCGGCUUUGUAUACAAGUUGGGAGAACGAUUUUUCCCAGGGCAUUCCAACUGCCCUUGUGUCUGUGCGCUGGAUGGACCUGUUUGCGACCAGCCAGAAUGCCCUAAAAUUCACCCAAAGUGUACUAAAGUGGAACACAAUGGAUGCUGUCCUGAGUGCAAAGAAGUGAAAAACUUUUGUGAAUAUCAUGGGAAAAAUUACAAAAUCUUGGAGGAAUUUAAGCCCUCUCCAUGUGAAUGGUGUCGCUGUGAGCCCAGCAAUGAAGUUCACUGUGUUGUAGCAGACUGCGCAGUUCCUGAGUGUGUCAACCCAGUCUAUGAACCAGAGCAAUGUUGUCCUGUCUGCAAAAAUGGUCCCAACUGCUUUGCAGGGACUACCAUCAUUCCGGCUGGCAUCGAAGUGAAAGUGGACGAGUGUAACAUCUGUCACUGCCACAACGGGGACUGGUGGAAGCCGGCGCAGUGCUCCAAACGCGAAUGCCAAGGCAAGCAGAUCGUGUAGCGCGCCACCCCGGCGAGGACCACUUCCCCGGAGAGGGCGCGGGGGCUGCUGCUCUGCACACGUUUCCAACGCAACACAACGGACACACGGACUCCCGCCAGCUCCAACAGGG